GUUUCUCUGGGACAGUCAGCUACCUGACUUCCGCUCGGUGCUCCGUUGGCUGGAGAACGAUAGUUUUCCCGGAGUUUUGGAUGAAUAAACAACCUUCGAGUGGCCAAUGCGCAGAGGAAAUAUAACCCUGAUGGCUACAGAGACUGGAAGGGAUGAAGACUCCGGGAACAUGAGAGACUGCAUCCACAGCGUGCUGAGAUCAGUACCACGAGGGCUGACCCUGGGUCCUUCUCUGGCCCAAGAUGGACAGCUGGGUCUGUGGUGUGUUGGGCGCGUGCUGGAGAAAGACACCCUGCUAGGUCUGGAGGAACCUGACAGAAUAAUCAGGAAGGAAAAGGCUGAGGUGUUGCAACUUGCAUGCCUUAAUGAGUUCAGAUGUGAAAUCUCAGAUAAAAUCUACUGGAUGAGGUUUGCAUGCAGCACUCAAAAUGAGGAAGAGAGCAAUGUCAGUGUGCUCGAGGUGGAUGGAAAAUUAGGCCUCAGGGUCUGUCGGGACGUUCAGCCAGGAACAGAACUGCUCCUCUGGAAAGAUCAACAAAAAGCCCCUCUUGAAAAAGAAGUACUGCAAGUAAAAGCCUGUGAAAUUAGUAGUACACCAAACAGAGAACAAGAUGAUGCUUUAGAGGCCAUCGCUUUAGAUCACCUCUCAGGCUGUGCAGAUCCUGUUCAGAGUGUCACACAAGAGGUUACAAAGCCUUCAAUCAAGGAGAAAAAUCUUGUGCAGGAGUCUAGAGCCUGUGAUUCCAGUGUCCUGGAGCAGGAUGGGGUGGAUGAGGCACACGGGGACAGUGAAGCUGAUCAGAGCGAGGAGCGUCCUGCUAGAGAAGAGAGUCCAAGCAUUAGUAUGAGUGCAUCACAAGCCCAGAGUUCAUCAGAACAUUUGAACCCAGAAAGAAACCUGAGAGCCAGCUCUCGCCUUGCCGCUAAACCUCGAAAAGUGCACUCGUCAACAAUGCAUAUCUACAAACGACAAGAAUCAAAAAACAGGUCAAGCCUAAGCAGCAAGAAGCAGCUCUCGGAUAACAAAGACAACACAAUGCAGACGUUGAGUACUAAUGAGGAUUCCAAAGCAGAGCAAACUGAGCGGGAUUUUACUCACUUUAUUAUCAGAGAGAGGAAGUACAAAUGCGAGGAGUGUGACAAGAGCUUCUUCCAGCUGUGCCAUCUGAAGAAACACAAAUUCACACAUCAGAAUCAAAAGCCUUACGCGUGCACGGAGUGUGAUAAAUCUUACAGUUCGCAGGAGAGCUUCCAAGCCCACUUACUGAUGCAUCGCGGUCAGAGGCCCUUUCAGUGCCAGCACUGUGACAAAAGCUACGGCUUGAAACGGGACCUCAAGGAGCACCAGGUUCUUCACUCAGGCGAGAAACCGUUCGUCUGUGACAUCUGUGGAAAAGCUUUCGCUCGCCGGCCCUCGCUGCGCGUCCACAGGGAAGUCCACCGGACGAAAGAGCCGGACUACCAGGCUCCCAAAGUUAAGUGUCCAGAGUGCAAUAAAGAACUGGCCAAUUCUGGUUCUUUGAGGAACCACAUGCGUCUACACACCGGAGAACGGCCGUACGUCUGCCAGCACUGCAACAAGAGCUUUCGCCAACGUGGCAAUCUCCUGGGACACAUGCGCAUCCACACAGGAGAGAAACCCUACCAGUGCGACCAUUGCCAGAUGCGCUUUUCCCAAGUGCCUGAACUACGUCGGCAUCUGAUUUCACACACGGGUGAGGUGUAUUUGUGUCCUGUGUGUGGUAAGGCUCUACGGGACCCUCACACACUGCGGGCCCACGAACGGCUGCAUACGGGAGACAGACCCUAUAAAUGCGAACAAUGUGGGAAGGGGUACACGAUGGCAACCAAGCUACGGCGCCACAUGAAGUCUCACCUAGAGGAGAAGCCACAUGUUUGCCAGGUGUGCGGAGCCAAAUACACAAUGAUGCAGAGUCUACAGCGGCAUCUGCAGUCGCACCAACAUCACUCAGACUCUGGUCAUGCGUUACCGACACGAGGUCGACCCAAAAGGUCAGGCCAGAAAGCAGAAGGUGAGCAGGAGAGGACAGACUGCAGUAAUUUGGAGGAGGGACAGGCUGUGGCGUAUGUUCAAGCCUCAGAGGAUUUCACUAUGUUGUCUCACCCAGAAGGUGUCAUUUUGGACUCUGGUGUCUACCACCGUGGCACAAUUGUUUUGGAAAAAGGAGCAGAAAAGGGGCUUGAACGCAUUGAGAUCAGUGAGGAUAUCAUUGAGAUUAUUGUCUCCGAUGACAAUACCAAGUGUAUAGUAGUGCAAGAACAGCCUUCUAAGUCUAUAGAGCUUCAGGAACAUGAAGCUAAUGCUAAAUGCCUAGUUGUGCAGGAAGACGAUGCCAGCAGUGGCUGUAUUGUAGCUCCAGAACAUGUUGCUAAUAAUUGUUUGGUCAUUUUACAAGGUCAGGAUGGUCUAGGUUCAGUGGCAGAGACUAUAGAAAUAGAGACAGGGCUGUGACACUGAAUUUCAUAUAGUUUCUUCAUAUUAUGUCUCACAUGUCUCGAACAACCUUUGUGAAAUAAAUGUAUAAGCUCUGUUGAA